GCUAUGGCAAGUAAAGGAGGAUACGAGUCGAUCCCAGGCAAAGGCGGUAYAAUGGCGGCACCAACGAAGGUAGUUUCAAGCCAACCAACUCAGCUAACAGCUGAAGAAGACUACGUUUUGAACUUGGACCCUACUUCUGUUCAAGCAUGGUCAGUUCAUGAAGUGUGUCAGAAUUUCCUGGCCAGGAUUGGUAUGGAUUUCCUAUCCGAGCAGUUUCAGGCCAACAAGAUCAAUGGAAAAUGUCUUAUUUUGAUUCAAGAGGUAGGGCAGAUAAGUGAAUAAAUGAAUGGAUGGGAAUUGUUUAUUUUAUCAAUGGGGUGAUCAGUGGAUAGCAAUUAGAUAAUCAUAGCUAUUUCAAAAAAAGGGUGUCANUUAAUGGACUUCAUCACCCUCUUGAAAAAGAAGAAGAGAGAGGCAGAAGCAAGCAGUGCUCAGUGGUCAGGGCAGACGCCAGCUCCUGGAUGUGCCUACAAAGAAGACUGUGGAGAGUGCUGUGUGGCCUAUUUAUGCCCAUGUUGUCUGGCCAAGACGUUCUGGCGAAUCACUGGACAAGGAAUCUUUUACAAGAAGGAGCCACCUUGUGGUUUGUUCUUUGGUUCAGUUACGACAGAGUACACCGACUAUCGAUUCCUCAAAGACCUCGAGCUCAAGCGAACAAACAAGUGUCUUUGUUGCUGUACAGCAAACGAACUCGAGAUCUACAGCGACGACCAUGAUGSAUCAGCAUCGCAUAAAGAAGGCGACGGCCAGCCUCCCCCGUCCGCGUUUCACCCUCAYAUCCUCCGCCACCCUGAAGCACCGAGAGUCGAGGAGGUYAUCAGACAUGCGUGGAAUAAAGCAAGGCUUGUUGCCGAAUAAGAUCAAAAUUGGUCUUAAAUGAUGUCUAUAUUCUUGAAAUCAUCUCGUUACUAGGAGAUGAUGGACACAUCACCAAGUGUACACCUUUAUUUUUUAAUUCUUAUUCAUGUAGAAUAGUCAGUGAAUUCGACUCAAAAAUGUCAACAGAAAUAACACCAUUGCUGGGAUAGCUUUAAGGUAGCUCCAAGCUUUUCAUCUCAUGAAUUUUCUCUUGCCUUUUCGGCGGAUGAGAAAAGUAGAUCUGUUUGCAGUAGAAUUAACCAAACAACAUUUCACAAUAACAAUAAGCGCCUGUUUUUACUUAUGCGCUUAUUCAAAAUAUCUCUUAAACAACACAAUAACAUGACAACAAAGACAUUCUACUUUAGCUUGAUUUAUUACUGUGUUGAAUCGACUUCUGAACCUUUUUACGUCACCUAUGUGACUUCCAAUGCAUUAUGGGAUUGGUUUAUGGCGAAAGCAAAAGACAAUCGCCAUGUUCUGUCCCAAAAAUAUCCUACAAUGCAUUGCGUAUAAGGUAUAUGACGUAAAAGCCGGUGUUUUGUGGAUUUUUUCCAAAUAUACGAAUUAUAUAUAUCAAACGCUCGUACAACGUAAAUGUGUCCUAAUAUGAAUCAUAGCUUUUAGUCGAGCACAUUGACCGAGCUGAAACCCAGCUACCACACAACGAAUAUUUUCAUUUAUUUACAGUUUGGAAAAACUACAAAGCGUUUCGUGCGUGUCCAUUAUGAAGGUUUCGGGGAAUCUUGAGUGACAUAUCAAAAAUUUCCAUUGAUUAAUAUGCGGCCCUAUUCAUAAGUAAACAAAAACCUAUGUCAAAAGUCCGUUCAUUUGUACGGUGCUGUUUGUACGUGGAGAACUGGGGUAGAGUGACUGAGGACGUGGUCAGCUGACCAACGUUGUCAAUCUGAUUUUCAAUACCUUUUAACAUCGUAAGGCAAUAUAUGAAUAAUUACCWCGGCAAUAUACACAGUAUUAUAAUAACGCAAAAUGAGCAUUCUUGUCCUCAUGCGAAGAAGAGAAAAUUGCUAUUGAUCCGAGCGUCGCAGAUGUACUAGUGCAAGAGUAUGAAGUUUGGGUUCGUCGCCAUUGUGGUUUUUGCGUUUUAUAUUACAAGAUCGUCAUCAAUCACGUGUCAAAGGUGUAAAGAUGGYCUGUCUUACGAGGACUGUCUAAGUAAAGCAGAAAACUACGAUUGUAAUAGAUUAGGCCCCACGUACUCUUACUGCAGUAUCGAAUGCAAUAAAGGAGAAUGGAAAUUUGGCUGCGCCACACCYACUAGAUGUUCAAUACAACGGCGUCACUGUCACGACAAGGGUGAUUGCGGCAUCACGUGUUGUACGGGAUCCCUGUGUAUUGCCUUCAACAACAUUACCCAUAAUCCUUGUAGUGGAAACGUUCAGCACCAUGUCACUCCCAAUUCUAUUGGUCUGUGUCUACUGGURUUUUUGUAUAUAGGAUAUAUGCUUUGAAGUAACAAGAAUGGGAAAGAGCUAGAGAUCGAAUGAAGAUGUGAUUUUAAUUCUCAAGAGAUUCCAUGUUAUUAUGUUAUCGUCCUUCAGUCAGCCCGGUGAAACAGUGGAAACCAAAGUUUSCGGAUAUUAUAACAAUCAUUAUAAAUGAUCGCCGAUGAAAAAGCCUUUUUUCUAGACAAAUAAAGAAGGGAGCAUUCAUUACUUUGUUGAGGAAUCUUCUAGAAACAAAAUGGCGAAAAUWAAAGAUGGCGCUGGAAAGUUUAUAAAAGUUUUUUCGAAAAAAAUYGGUAAACACGUAUUAUACUGCCGUGAUUUCUUAGUAAGAAUGGCUUUUUUUAGUUUUUAAACAUUACUUGACGAUGGUUGGAAACGUCAUGAUAGAAAUGGAGUUUCUUGCCAUGGCAUCCUGCUGUAGGCCUCUCUUUCGAGAAUGCAAACAGGACUGCCUGAUYUGUAUGCUCUUAGUAAGAAGUAAGACAAGUAAAAUAACACUUGCGAUGCAGGAACACUGAAAACACAAGUAUAGCAUCAUAACAGCAGUGACUGACGCAAGUUAACGCGCGAACAACCUACUCGGGAAACAAAACUUUUCAUCACACCAUGCAGUCCACAUAGCGCUUAGUCUCUGUAAUAUCGCUAAUCUUGUUUCUGGGAGUUUAUGUUUGGUGUAAACAUGUUCAAUAAUUCAUUAUCAAGGUAUUGAAUAUUGGAAGUCAUUCAUCAUUCAUACAAUGGCGUCAAUGUUUURACCAGUCAGCAACCUGGAAAUAUUUCGAGUAAUAACUUUUGCAAUAUUAGCAUCCAAUUUGGAAUUAUUAGUAUAGAAUAAAAAAGGAAGAGAACUCAAACUCUGCGUUGAAUGUGCGACUGAGAAUAAAUGGGAUUUUAGCUCACAAUUGAAUUAAGUUUAGUUUUUUUUUCUUAUUGAUUAAGGAGUGAUAUGUUUCCUCUGGAACCUUCUCUUUAGUGCACAUGUAAAUUCGCUACCAUCAUCAGCAAUAAAACUGCUUUAAAUGCGCA